CAUUUUAGUUUCUUCCGGAUCAUGUGAUGUCGUGUGAUCAACAAAAGCACGUGAGCGGGGAGGCGGAAGUGAGAGAGAAGGAUCAUGGGAAGUGAGUCGGUCGUGUCUGUAGUAAACAACAUGUCUCACGCUGGGUCGGUUGUGUGUCUGUUACACCUGCUGCUGUUUCUUCAUGUCGGGGCUGAGCUCGGGGACAAUGUCCGGCAGCGGUGGCCGGUUCCGUACAGACGGUUUGAUCGUCGUCCUGCUGCCGACUCCUACUGCGAAGCUCUCUUCCCCUUCUGUCCCACCGGAGACCGUGACGGACAGAUUCCCUACAUGAGCGACACUGACGUGAUCUCAGUGUAUAGACUGCAAACGCCUGUGUGGGAAUUCAAGUUCGGAGAUCUGCUGGGGAAAUUUCAUAUCAUGCACGAUGCUAUUGGGUUCAGCAGCUCAGAGACGGGGGCCAACUACACCAUGGAGUGGUAUGAGCUGUUUCAGCUGGGAAACUGCACCUUCCCUCACCUCCGACCCGACGUUCACGCUCCUUUCUGGUGCAACCAGGGAGCCGCCUGCUUCUUCGACGGCAUCGACGACCCACACUGGUCACAAAACGGCACAUUGGAAAAAAUAGGAGCAAUAACUGGGAACCAGUUCAAUGACAUGGCUCAGUGGGUCCAAGACGACAACGAGACCGGGAUCUACUACGAGACGUGGACAGUUCGCUCUGACCCCGGACCUAAUGCCACAGUGUGGUUCGAGUCUUACGACUGCUCCCAGUUUGUCCACCGCACGUACAGGAAACUCUCGGAGCUCGGAGCCAAACUCUCCAGUCGAUCACAGACCAACUACACCAAGAUCUACCUGUACAGCGGAGAGCCCAGUUACCUGGGCAACGACAGCGCCAUAUUCGGUCAGCCCGCUCUGAAGAACCUGGCAACGGACAUCCGUAAAUUUUACCACACGUUCCGGCCGCACCAGUCGUUUAUAGACUUCGCCAUCAGUCUACUGGAGGCGUAUAAAAAGGUUGUGCUGGACAAGAGCUUUUACCUCUACUACAACUUUGAGUACUGGCAUCUGCCAAUGAAACCUCCUUAUGUGCAGAUUACAUACGAAGAGGUGCCUUUGCCUUAACGUCCCACCUGCAUGAACGAAUCAGUCGAUCAACCGAUCAUCUAAAGUGCAGACAUAUGAGCAAGAAUUAAAAAGCUGGAAAAUGGCACAUUUGAGAAGCAGAAACCAGUGAAUGUUGCUUUUGUAUUUUGAUAAAGUAUUUAAAUGAUUAUUGAAAUAAUUGUCGACAGCCAAAGGAAAUGUCUUUGAUGGUGAAGAUUAAUGAUGUUCACCAGCUGAUUUUGCUCAGUGGUCCAGUAUUUCUCACCAUAAUGCACUUUUUUGUAUCCUCGAGGCCUCACAGACUUCUUUCUUCUUCAUACAACAGACCUCUGACUUACUCACACACAUUUUAUGUAGCACGAGCUAAUUAUGAUUAGCACUAUGAUGUGCUUCAGUGUUUGGAAAAUAAUGAAAUGACAGUGAGUACAUUCAGAAAUUUUAUUACCAGUACAGGAUCACAUAUCCAAAACAUUUGUAAUUUCAAGACAGGUGACCAGUAAAGCAAAGUAGACAAAGCAUUUGCCAUACAACACUAAAGGACAGCAUCAUCAACACCAGUUUAUUCCAAAUAAAACUUACCGGAGGAAUUACUGUCAACCUGCAUCUUUAUCAUGAAAGAUAAAUAAACUUUCUGAUCAGCAUUCACGUGUUUAACUUAUUCAACUGAAUUUUUCCGAUAAAAUCAAAUCAAGACAGAAAAAAGAUUCUGACCAGAAGCGUUAAUGAGACACAACCUCAGAUUGAAGCUGCUGGCAUAACCAUUGUUAAAUACACUGCACAAAUUAAUAGAAAAUAAUCAGGCGAUAUGUUACUGUACCGUUCAGAUGCUAAUGUACGAAAGCACAGACACUCAGCACAGGUAUCUACUGCAGUGACCAGAGACCCAUGCUAUUGAUAAACUAUAUAAGUUAUCCUGCAAAUGAAGUGCCUUAGUUUGUGUUACUGUUUGGCUUCAUGAAGUGGCUAAAUGAAAAUGAUGAAUAAGAAAAAAGGAAUGAAAUCUGGCAGAAGUUGUAAAAAGCAAACAUAAAUCCUAGAGGCAAAUAGCGACGUCCAAAAGUUUGUCCACUACUCGCAACAUUUUACAAAAGCUACAUUUUACAAAUUGUAAAACAUAAACUCAACUUUGCAGCUCUUAGUAACACAAACUGUCAUAAGUCAAAAAGGUUGGAUUUUGCAAGCAAUUUGAAGUGCCCUCCACCCAUUUCUACAGAUCCCUUAAGAAGAUCCUAGCUAGGGUUUUGAAGUUUUAAAUUUUUUCAGGUGACUGUUAACUUUAGUGCUUUUCUGCUGCAAAACAAACUUCUCUUUUAUACAAAUUCUUAACAUGAUGGCCCCUCUCUGCAUAAAGAGUGCAGGGUCAAAUUCCCUAAAUGGAGUUUGCUACAUCUUUGUUUUAAUCUCCAUUAUAUUGAUUAAUGACAUUAAAAAAAAAACUGUUUUGUAGUGAAGUCACAACUUUUGAACCACCUGCCUGCAACAAAUCCACAAAGAUGGAAGUGGAACUAAUAAAACCAAAAUCUUGCUGCUGGUUAUAACGAUUUCUUUCUUUCUGUAUAACUAAAAAAAAAAACAAAUGAAUCACAAAAGCAGUAUCUUCAUCAAUAAAUUACACAGCCUGUCUUCUCUAGUGAUAGAAUGAAAAAGAUCCAUCAACCCAGACAGAGGGUGAAAUAAAGAAACAAGUACAUUUCUAUUCAUAAUAAUCAAACACACAGCGUUUUAUAUACAGAUGCAUUUGACUUCCUUCUUAAAGGAAAAAAAAAUGUUUCACUCAUCUGACUUGCCAAAUCUCUAUUUACUGAAAUGGUUUGGAUGUUUUUGGGGAACGGGAGCACGAAGGAAAUCUGGAGAGACGGUGUUUGUUAUGAGAAGGGUGAAUGAUCUGCUUCCUUUCCUGCAGGUACGAUGUGAUAACAUGACACAGAGCAAUGUGUGGGCUAACAAGGAGGGCAGAUAUUCACUACAGGUUUCGAGCUUAAGCAGGCAAAUAGCAGAAGUUACAAAUGAAACUUACAUAGGAAAUAUAUUCAUUUAAUGCACCUGCAAGACAAUGUGAUUGCUUUUGCAUUCUCGGAUUGCACUGUGAGCAAAUAGCUGCAGAGACUCGUCUAUCUGUUGAGUAAGAUUCAGACGUGUCGGUGCAGGGUUUAUAUUUACAUAGAAUUAUUUAUCUGCUUUUUCUUUUUAAAAAUCAGUAAUUACAGAUUCAGUACUUCAAUAUAUAGUUCUUGGUUUCUGAUCCCAGCACAGUGUCAACAAUCAGCAUUUAGAUCUGGGUCAAAAUAAGACAAGUUGAUUACAACAACGUUUCAUUGCUUUUGAUGUCAAGCAGAAGGACUUGGUUUGUCCUAGUGAUUAUUUGGUAUUCAUGUGAGGUGCUUAGGAAAUAAGCUUAUUAAAAACAGAAUAUCAUUUUGUCAAGCCAGUUGAUGUACACUGCUGGUAAAAAAUAUCUGCAAUAAAAUAAAUGACAUCAAUUGACAUUGUUCACCUUCACAACACAAAUAUAGAAAGACCUGUAAAUUUGUGUAAAAUUAGGCGAAGGACCCAGUUUCUGCAAAUCUAAGUGAACCCACCAUCGACCCCUCCAGACACAUCCUAUAUACAAAUAACAUUGCAGACAUUUGGAAAUCCUCCAAUGCCAUAUUGUGUUAGAGUGCAGAGUUGCUGUCGCAGACUGGAUUUAGGUAGGCAGAGUGGUAGUGUAACACCAUGCAAUCAUGUACCUAAUUACUGCAAAAGACAUUAAAGCACACGCGUGCACACACACACACGCACCUCUCAGAAAAUAGAUUAUCAUAACCAGGCUACAAUGUCCACAUUAUGUCAGUUUGCAGUUUAAAAAUUGCUUUUUUUGUCAAAUAUUUCCCGCUGCACUGGGCUGUCGAGUGCCGUCUCCUCAAUAGAAAAAGCAGGAUUCCACAGUCUGUUUUCAAACUACCACGCAGAGAUUACUGUGGUGUUUGCACUACAUGACAUUGUGUAGCAGUCGACUGCCGCACUAUACCCCUGAGCUGCACUCUCCGCUACAAAGGGGUUCAGCAAGUCUAUGCCCUCCAUGAUGGCACCAAACAUUCCACUACAGCUGAGCAUUUAAAGGCUUUUCAGUGCAAACAUGGAGGC